UAAUUACUACGGAGUUUAAUAACUUAUUAUUCUCGAUUAGGGGGCGUUAAUAAUGGGACUAACUGCUAAUGAGCGGUGCUGCCGAAUGGUGGGCAUGCAAUGUGGAACUGGGGACAGUGCUAAAUGCUAUGGAGUUUUAUGCAUCGGGAUCAUCACUGCAUCCUCCGCAACGGACGGGGUUGUGAGUCUGUCUCAUAGCUGUUGUGCAAAUCCUGCUGAGUUCGUUAGGUUCCGGAAGUGAGAUAGGCUCUGGCGCAACGCCACAGUCACACAGUUCGUGAUGCUCUACCGCUCAAGUCUUUAUUCCUCAGUAUGUGACUAGUCAGUAUUAAUUUAGUUACUCUCACAAAGUGACCUCACUGCUCCCGUCUGGAGAAGCCCCCACUACGAGGCGACCUAAGCUCCAUCUUGGCAUCUGCACCGUAUGCGCCAUCCAUUUCCAGGCUCGGCAUUAGUGUUGUUGAUAGACAUUCUUCUAGAGCGAAUCGUGUCUAGUGUGCUCCUUGGCCUCACAGACGCCCCCAAUCAGACCACGCUCGCGAUGCCACACACUGCACACUGCACAAGCUCGUCCAACUCGACUGGAUCAUGGUUUGCUCCGGAGCAUUUGCGAGUGCGUACGGAUACGGCGCCGUAUAAUUAUCGACAGCGCGAGUCUAUCGUUCACAUUCAGGCUUUCACAGGCAUCGCCUUCGUCGCCUUUUCAUUUCUUUUCAUUUCCGCCCAGGCCCCUCUGGGUUGAUUCUUUCAUGCUUUCGUCGGGGAUGGGAAACGAGUAAGUGAUUCGCUAGUGGGCGGCAGCUAGUCACUGUAACUGCGGACUCCGGUCCUAAUGCAAUCAUAAUGCUGUAUAGGCGUAGGCAAUGAGAGGAAAAGGAGGAGAUUCAACAAUGAUGGCUGGAGCAAAGCAAUCGUGAGAAGAGCAACAAAGAAUAAUAUCUGCCGACCCGAAUAACAAUGACCAAAAUCCAUAAUAGAAUUCAAU